AUGACAGAAGAGAAUUACAGUAAUCCCGCAAGAAAGAAACUCAUCAAGAUUCUAAAGGAAUGCGCCGCCAAGGCUAUUUCCGACGAAGAUCCUUGGGGCAAACAUGAGAUUGAAAAGAUUCCAGCCGAACUUGUAAUCAGACAUCUGUUUCAACCAUUGACCAAAACCUGGACUAUGGAAGAGACCAUUGUCAAGCAGGAGAAUGUACCUUUCACUAAUGGGGCCAUGCGAUUUUGCUAUCGAAUGAAAAAGCUGGCAACACCACCGGCAUCCGCAUCCAAUCAUCGGUUUCAUGAUCACGGCUGGAAGAAGGCUCUCAAUUAUGUCAGCAAAGCCUAUCAAGUGGACGGAAAGAUUGAUACUUCGGAAGAUGCCAAGAAUGCUGUUCGAAAUGAUAUUCUACUGCAGUAUGAAGCAUCUCAUUGGGCCAAACUAUUCAACGAGAAGGAUCCUCCAAAGAAGAUUAAUUUUAUUCGAGCCUAUGCCUUGGAAUUCCCGAACAGAGAGGGCAAACCUUGGUUUGCAGUGGAGCGAUACAUUGCCGGAACGGAUGACUAUGGUGUUGGGUUCUUCAAGCAUAAUACAAACUCUGGCUUUGUCGAUGAAGACUUGCACCGAGUGACACCUCAGGUCUUUUCGGCGUACAGCUUUUACGAAUCGUCGGGGACACGACUUGUGGCAGACAUUCAAGGUGUCGGCGAUCUCUAUACUGAUCCCCAGGUGCUUUCCAACGAUUAUAGAUUUGGUGAUGGCGAUCUUGGGCCAAGAGGUAUGGCCCUCUUCUUCGCUACCUUUCGACACAAUACUCUUGCUGAAAGUCUAGGUAUUCCUGUAUUUCCUCUGUCAAAGAACGAGUUGGAACAUCAAGCUAAGUAUGAGGAUGAUGUCUAUUCCUUGUCAGGCGAUGGCUCGUCGUUUCAGGAAAUGCUUAAAGGACUGGACAAGUUUGCUGCCAUGGAUGCCAAUCGAAACCGGCGGCAAUCCGUGUUCAUGAUACCACCCGUUCAAAUUAAUCAACAAGAAGAAGAUGCUAAUACAGAGACCCGCUCCAACAUGACCAAGCGAGACCAGAUCCGAAAGUCGCUCACUGUUACAAGGAUAUCUAAACCAGUAUUUGCUAGAAAAGGAAAAGAAAUGGACGAAGUCAAGUAUUGCUUGGAUCUGGCCAAGAAAGAUUUCAAAUUUGAUAGCAAGGCCUAUCACCGAAAGGCAUCGGGUGAAAUGAUCAAGCGCAAGGCAACUCCGGCUCGCCCAAGUCUCAUGAUCCGACAUGUGUCCGAUAUGAUGGAGGUAGAUGACGAAACCAAAUUGAAUUUAGGAAAAGUGCACUAUCAGCUGGCGGUUCUUCACGGAAUGAACCGCUUCCCCGAUGUAGUCCCCGUUGGUCCAGAUGAAACCAAAGCUGAUGUCGCUCCACACGAUGCCUUUUCUGUCUUGUUUCAUUUGGCGCAUGCCGCCAGUUUGGGAUCGGUCGCUGCAUGCCUUUCUCUUGGUCGCUUGCAUGCUGGUUUGGGAACUUCGGUCUCCGAACUUUUAGACACGGUGGUCCCAAUUGAUUUUGAUGCGGCCAAGGACUUGUUUCGCAGAUGCAUGGCGUCCAAAUUUCCACCCGCGUCUCCCAAGGCAGCUGCAGGUUGCCUACUCUAUCAAAUGUACUUGGACGAUCGCGAGUCACAGGACUAUGUCGACGGGGAAGACACCUUUGGAGUUGAAGUCGUUUCCGAUAUCACAUUGGCGCAGCUAUUGGAAGACAUUCUCUCUUUGAUCGAAGAGACUGACAAGGAGUCAGCGGAAGCAGCAAAACACACCAACGUCAGGGAAGAAGCCGCUCGCCAAUUCAAGGUGGGAGAUAGAGUGGAAGGAAAUUAUUUUUUGGAAGGAUCGUUCUACCCAGGCGAUGUGACAGCUAUUUCAGAAGACGGAAAGGUGGUAGAAAUCUGCUACGACGAUGACGGCUCCAAGGAGUCAUUGACACUCGAAAAUGUGCGGCUCAUCAUCCCACCCACAGCGACCCAAACGGUGAUGGGCGGACCACUUUCGGACGAAGAAGCACUUGGUUCGGAAAAUACUGAUGAAAAAUGUGUUGUGGAAACCUACGAACUCAAGGGAGAACUGGCUGCUCUCAAACUCAAAUUGGGAUCCAAAGACGCAGCCGCAGCACUUUAUGAAGACGCGUCGAAUGAUGCCAUGAAUGCUGGCAAAAUGAAGAAAGCCAGUGAAUGGAGUCUGAAAGCAGCCGAACUAAUGGAGUAA